AUGUCCAAAAACGGAACUUACGUGUUCUCCAGUCGACCCAGACCCGUUGAGAGUCGAUCCAAACAUGGCGGGUCCCCCACAGAGCAACCCCAGUACGGGAACAUCAUGUACGACCGCCGCGUCAUCAGGGGCGGCAGCCGGGGCCACCACGUGCUGCCGCCCAAGGCGGCGGCCCAGGCUGCCGACAUCCAGCAACAGCAUGGAUUCCGCCGGAGAUCCAUGGACGUCAUGAGGUCCAGGGACCGCAUGCGGUUCAAGACCGGCGACACCGUGUUUGGCAGGAAACACGUGGACGUGCAAACCGAGUCUUACCUGGAGGAGCUGAGUCUCAUCCUGGUGACUAAGGAUAUCGACUCCCAAACCGAUAGUUUCCUCGACAGACCGGCGAGUCCGCUCUUCAUCCCGGCCAAAUCCGGCGACGACGUCGCGACACAAAUCGAGGAGGGCGACUUGUUUGACUUUGACAGGGAAGUGCAGCCCGUCUUGGAGGUCCUAGUCGGGAAAACCAUUGAGCAGUCUCUCCUGGAGGUCUUGGAGGAGGAGGAACUGGCCUGCUUGAGGGCCCAGCAGAGGGCCUUUGAGCAGCUGAGAAACGCCGAGCUGGCAGAGCUGCAGCGCCUCCAGGAGCAGGAACGCCGGCGCACCGAGGAGAAGGAAUGCCGCAUUGCCCAGCAGAGAGAAACCGUGAGGAAAGAAAAAGAGACGGCGGAGAUGAUCGCCGCCCGGGCUUGUGCCCAGCAGUUCUUGUCCAAACUUUUCCCUGCGGUUUUUGCCUCGCUGAGGAGACACGGGUACUUCUACGACCCCGUGGAGCGAGACAUCGAGACCAACUUCUUCCAGUGGCUGAUGGCCGAGGUUAACAACACUCUGGAGAAGAGGAACUCAGCCAGGUUGUUGCUGGACAACAUCAUCCACGACAUCGCCGUGAAGAAGCAAGAGUUCUUUGGCGACCUUCAUGGAGAGACUCAAAUUGGACAGAUGGACCAGAGUGGACCCUAAAAACUGUAUAGAUUCUAGGAAUCUGUUUUUCUUAACACCAAAUCUCAAAUAUAACAAUAACAUGAAAUAAUCCCUUCUUUAUCAGCCAAUCACAGGGCACAUAUAGACAAACAACCAUUCACACUCACAUUCAUACCUAUGGACAAUUUGGAGUGGCUAAUUAACCUAGCAUGUUUUUGGAAUGUGGGAAAAAAACGGAGUACCCGGAAGAAAACCCACGCAUGCACGGGGAGAACAUGCAAACUCCACACAGAGAUGCCCGAGUGGGGAAUCAAACCUGGGUCUCCUAGCUAUGUGGCCUGCACGCUAACCACGUUCCACCAUUGCGAGUUAGUAUGAUUCCUUAUUUAUGAAUAGAAUA